AAAACUCUGUGAAAAACUCAGUCUCCAAGUUUGAGAGGAAGUUACCACCUCUUCCCCAGAAUCUGAACACGCACUGCAGGCGGAGACACGCACACACACACUCACACCCCAGUUGUUCAGGACAGCAGAAAGCGUGAACCAGCCAGGACUGCUUGUAAAUGUGUUUGUGGAGGGAAAGAAGAUUUGCAGUUCGUCUGAAGAUCUCGGAGUGGAUUGAACAACUUCAUCUGGGACAUUUUCCUCUCAUCACCUACCGGGUGGCCAAAUGAACUGUUUAGCCUGAAGACCAAAGAUCAUAGGCCCUGAUUCAACAGCAAGGGAGAGAGUGAAAGGACCGAGACCACUGCAGCCUCGCUUUGCAUUAUGAGUCGCAAUUGAAGAAUUUCUUUAGGGUUCCAUUUUGUGGUUUGAAAAACUGAAGACAAAAACAAAAUGGACGUUAAGAAAAAAGAAAUGGAUCUCCUUAGCAACAGCAUUGCAGCUUUUGCACACAUCAAAGCCAAUCCGGAGAGCUUUGGGCUUUACUUUGUCCUCGGAGUGUGUUUCGGCCUGGUGUUGACCCUCUGCCUCUUGGUGAUCCGCAUAUCCUGUAAGCCACGGACCAAGAUCGCUCCCCCCACGCCUGAAAAGAACCCCUUAAAAGAUGUCAGUGUGGAAGACGAGGAAAGCGAUGAUGAUGAGGAUGAGGAAGGGGAAGAAGGAGAGGCCUCUGUUCCAUUGCCCAUCACAGAAAUCCCUGUUGGGAAUCAUACCAGCCAGUCAGACGGCACCCUGAGUGUGAACGUUUUUACUUCAGCUGAGGAGCUGGAGCGUGCACAGAGGCUGGAGGAGAGAGAACGGAUCAUCCGGGAGAUCUGGAGGAAUGGCCAGCCUGAUAUCCUGGGGACGGGAACAGGAACUAUUGGAAGAGUGCACUACUACUAAUGCACAGAACGCUUCCAGGAAACCUGAGUUUGUAAUGGAGUAGACAUAAAAACCUUUGGGCCUGGUGUCCUUUCAACUUGAGAGCUUCUUUUUGAUCCAAAGUGACUUGUGGGACAUAAAAAUAUCAGUGCCAAAUUUGAGGUAUUUUGCUUUGACAAAGCUGAACUUUGAGAUAUUGCACUUCUUAUGUAGCAUUAUGCAUUAGUGUCAACUGACUAUACAUAUUUGAACUGAAAGGUGUCUUAAUGGCCUCUGUGGAAAUCAAGUGGAAUGAAUGGAGGAACGGAAGGAUUUGUAGAGGUAUCAAGCUGUAAAUAUACAAGAGGGAAUAUAGAUAUUGAACAUGUGAAUGUUUUCUCUCAGUUCAUAUAUUCCUAAAGAGGCCAUUGAUAUUAAAUUCACACCAGAUGUCAGGAACAUAAGUAAUCCCAACAUAAAAUGAAAUUCAAACUAAUUAGUCCAUAAAUUCCUCUUUUACAUACUCUGAUACUCUGUUUUUCACUGGAUUUUCAAUGGAUUUUAAUUGGGUUCAAGUUUGGUGAUUUAAGUUUUUCAAGUGAUGUGAAGUUCCAUUUGUCCAAACAUGUUUGGACAAUCAGAGUGCUAUGUUUUGGUCUCAUGUGGCCAGAUUCUUUUCUCCCAAGGUUUCAUUGUGUUUUACAGAUGAUCCACAGCAAAUUUUAAACGAGCUUCAGGAUUUUAUUUCAAUAAUGGAGCCUAGCGCACUUAGUCUAUAUGAAAGUCAUGACUGUUGGGUGCGUUACUUGUAGGUUUCAUGUGAAAUUUGUGCUUGCUAAUUGCUGGUGUUUCUGAAGUUCUUUGUUAGUGGUCCAACUCUCCUGAGUAUUUCAGCAACACUUCAGGCAUUAACCUUCCAAGGACCACUUGGUCAUGUAUGUCUUAUACUGAAAUUAUGUUCCUUCCACUUUGGGAUUAUGGUCCAAAGAGUCCACUGUGGAACAUUAAAAAGUUUAUAAAUAUAUCUGCAACCAAUAGCAUCAGUUUGUUUUGCAACAGUUGGGUUACAAAAGUCUUGAGAAAGCUCUUUGCCCUUGUCCAUCAUGGCAUCCUUGGUAAUGAGAAACCUUUUUUUAAUCGACAACACCAGCAGGACAUUAACUGCCACUGUUAGAAAUUAUAGUUUAUUCUGUAUGCUUGCACUUUCACUGGUUUCCUGGCUGUCUGUGGCUCUGUGCAGCUUCUUUUCCUCCUUUUCAAGGUUAAUUUCCCAUUUCAUUCCAUUUUAUUACACAUAACUUAAUUUACAGGCUUAUUUGUUUGACUUUCCUUUUGUAUAUAAAUUACUUCGGUGGCAAAUGACAUCUGGUGUCAAUUCAAUGGCAUGCUAAAAGGACCCUUAAAAACACUUACUGAGAAAAUUGUUAACAUGAUCAAUACUUAUUUUCCCACUGUAUUUGGUGCUUAAUGUUAAAACAACAGGUUUGCAUAUAUUAAACAAAACAAUGCAACAAUAAAAAAUGUAGUUUUUCUCUCCUAAGCUGUUGUUUUUGAUAUAUUUAAAACAUAUUUAGUAAUUGAGAGGCAAUUUUAAACAAAAAAUGUAAAAACUUGUGACUUUGACCCACAAGCACAACUAAAUAAAAACAGCAAGACACAUACAUUCAAUCUGCCUUGUAUCAAGGUUUCUGGCUGUUGGUGCAACUUUGGGCCCCAACUGAGCACUGUUUUCAUACCACAGCUUACUUGAGUAUUGUGCCGACCAUUUCCAUACCUAUAUGACCACAGCAACUUAUCCUCUGAUGAUUACCUCCAGUAGGAUGAUGCACCAAGUCACAAAUCUCAACUGGUUUCACAUGACAAGAAGUUCACUGCUUCACCACAUCGUAAACCAACGGAGCACCUUUAAGAUGUGGCAGAAGAUUUGCACCAGCCUACAAAUCUGCAGUAACUUUACAAUGCUAAUUGUACAAAUUUCUGAUGACUAUUUAUAACACUUUGUUGAAUCUAUGCCACAAAAAAAUGCUGACGGGUUUCAACCUAGGACUGAUGAGGUGUUGUCCCCCAAAGUGGUUCAUGCGUGUAGAUAGUUGUAAAGACUUUAUUCCACCUUGAAGGAUCAAUUCAAAUUUUUGAAGUUGGGUUCUAUUGAAGGAUCAUGACCAGUCAAUAUCUUGCCAUGCAAAACUAGAGCCAUGUCAAGACAAAAGCAAACCCUUCCAACGUCACAUUUGCAUAAGACGGCUAUUUAUAUAAAAGUCUAUAACUAGUCAUACGAAGAAACAUGGUAGUUCAUGGGCAGCAAUAAUUCCCCAAUAUAAAAUACUUCUUAAAAAAUAAAACAUGUAUAACAUAGUCUUUCAGAGUAACUGACGAAAAGCUAAAACACUGUAAAAAUCAGGAAAUCAGCAAAACACAAGAAAUCAAAGACAGCAAUACUUCCAACUUAAAGUUCAAAUUUAAAGUUUAAAUUUGUGAAUUUUAAAUUUGUGAAACACAAGUUUAAAAACAUUCUUUCUUAGGUCGGGUGUUGGUUUUGUGAGACACAUGAAUGUCACUUGAACACAAAGCAGAAAACCUUUCAUUCUCCUGUUGGAAUUGAGCCACAGAAGUUCUUCGCCUCGGGGAAAAAACGGUAUUGGCUGUUUAAUGAAAACAACUUUAUGUAAUUAAUGUCUGAGAUUUUCUUAGAUGCUUGUAAGCUGUUAGAAGUGCUUGAUAGAGGUUGGUCCAGAUGUACACCUAGAUAAGAUGUAGAUAAGAAUUACAAGUAAUUAAUGACUUCUGGGAGACAAUACUUUUAUGUUUAAUUUGUAUUAUUUUGUCAUUGUUUUUGAAUCAUAUAUAAAAACCUUGUUUCACAGUUUUGGUUUUGUUUUUUUACAGAGAUUGAAUGGGUCCUUUCAGUAUAUUAUUGUGUAUAUGCCUGCUUCCAAGGCAUGAAACAGCAUGACUUCAGUGGCACUAGAAUAUUCUGGUUUUGUGUUAAACGGUCCAAAGUUGUUUUAAAAAAAAGAAAAGAGAGAAAUUUGCUUUCCAACAAUCAGAUUAAAACAGUGUGCUGACCAGGUUGGUUUAUUUUGGGUUUAUGGGUUUUUUUUAUAAUGUUUGACUGCUCACUCUGCUGUCUGUUUAGCUCAGCAUGUCUUUGUCUACUCUUCUGUUGUUGGUGCCAAUAAACGAUUUUAACUCUUA